AUGAAGCUGCUGAGCGGUGGCAUCGAAGCACUUGUCCGAAUUACUGGCGAUAUUCCCCCGACACCACCUCCCACGAGCCCAACACUGCCCAACAUGCGAGGCAUGGCGGCCGAGAAGGCACUCAUUCGCUCCAACUCGGAAAAGAACCUGGCGAGAAUGCGCCAGGAGGCCGAGGCCGCGAUGGGUCAUUCGCAUCCCUCCCCCCGCCGGCCGUCAAUGAUGUCCCAAAUGAGCGGCUCCAGUAGCUCCUCGUCACAACUAAUAGACGGCGUCCACCUGAGACAGACCCAAACCCCCACGCCUCCGCCGCCGUCGAGGCCGCCCGAACCGUACAUAAUCAUCGGGGAGAACUCGCAGCCGAUCAAUCUUCAACACAGCGCCAUUACACGCAAGUUCUACUCCAAGAAGCCUCCGCCUAUUAGCAUCGAAGAAUAUCUCGCACGAAUCCACAGGUUUUGUCCAAUGAGCACUGCUGUGUAUCUUGCGACGAGCCUAUACAUCCACCGCCUGGCUGUCGACGAACGCACGAUACCGGUAACAAGGCGGAAUGCGCAUCGGCUGGUGCUGGCGGGCCUGCGGGUGGCAAUGAAGGCGCUCGAAGAUCUCAGCUAUCCGCACAGUAAAAUGGCCAAAGUCGGAGGCGUCAGCGACUUGGAGCUGGCGCGGUUGGAGAUCAGCUUCUGCUUCCUAGCAAACUUUGAACUGGUGGUGCGGGAAGACACGCUGAAGAAGCACUGGGAGGUGCUCAAGCAAGAGCAACCAUUGAGACUAAUGCACCCCAGCUUGCCGAGUCUAUCCUCGAACAGGAAGCCUGGGGAAACGGGAUUAUCUCGACAAGAGAAUCAGUGGAAAUGA